UAAAAUCAAGUUAUUGAUAGUAAUUACUUUCUAAGUACUCAAUAUACAUAUAAAUGGAGAAAAAAGAUAUGGAGGAAGAGGAUACAGCAUUUUUGUUUGAUAUAUCUAAAGAAAUAAAACACAUAUAUGAAACACCAGUAAUUUUUUUAACCAAAAAAGAUUAUUUUGAGAAUCUGUUUCAUGCAAUGUGUACUAUACGUUCUGCUCUUCAAACUGAUUCUAAGAAUCGUAUUAUUGAUGUAAUUGUAGAUUACCAUUUACAAUGGUUACACGCUGUUAAUGAAAUAGAGAAUUUCAAAAAGCGUAUAAAUGAUUUGCCUAAAGAAGAAAUGUACCAAUGUAUUAGUUACACUAUAGAUGCUAUGUCGCAUCGAUUAAAAUACUAUCAAAAGUAUAUGGAUAUGAACCGACCAAUGCUUUCUAAUUUGGAUCAAGCUAAUGUAAUAGCCGAUUUAGAAAUAGUCGAAGAUAUGCACAAAGAAGUUACAGUUUAUUUAUUAGAAAAAUUAAAAUGUUUUAGAAACUAUGACAGUAAUAACGACUUUAUAUUAAAAGUAAAAGAGGCUGUUGAUGAACUUUUAAAUUGGUUAGAUAAAAUUAACGAUGAGGUGUCUAUUCAGUUAACUAGAUAUAUAAAUAUGAAUGUGCCCCAUUUGACUGGUGAUUUAACAAAGACAUUACGACAAAUUGUUGACGAGCUUAAGAGUUCAGAUACGCCAUCGGGUCAUAAAAUGUUGGAAGAUCUUAAAAGAAAAGGUAGAGAGUUGGAAACAAUGAUACGUUCAACAGCAGGCCACAGUCUUGAAAUAAGCAAAGUCGUUGAAAAGAUCAACGUAUUAGAAGAGCGUAUAAAGCGCCUAGAAGGUGAAACUACUUCAGCUGCGGUUAUGGCUUUGAAACAUAAGAAAGAGUAUUUGGAGAAGCGACUUAAUUCUUUGGAAAAUUUGAAAACAAGUCUAAAAAGUAUUCAUAAUUUGGCUGAUCUUAGGUUAGAUGUUUCUGAACAAGAUCUGUGCGCAUGUGAAGAUUAUUAUCAGCUGAGAAUAUUUAAUCAUUUUCUUCCACCGGAGGAUCGAGAACGUUUAGUUACAGAACUAUGUUAUUUGUGGGAUUUAGCUGUAUUUGGAGAUCGCAGUCAUAAAUCCAUAAUUUCUAUACUGAGUGCCGCUGAUAUAAAAGAAGAGUACACUGAUGAUUUAGGUACUUUUUAUAUUGAUGAACAUAGCAGAAAAAUAUACAGAAUUCCUGAUGACAGUACCCUUUAUCAGCCAAAUGAACACAAUGAACUAGUUCCCAUAUCAGACGAUAGUGAGCAUAUUUAUUUUUAUGAUGAAUGUGGUCGCUAUUUUGUCGAUGCGAAAAAUAGGCAACGAGUUUAUAAAGCUCAUGCUACUGCUAGCGAAUAUAUGAUGGAUUCUUCUGGAAUUCUUUUAAAAAUAAAAGAAGAAAGGGAUGGUGUUGUUUACCACUAUGAUAACUGUGGGCGUUACUAUGUAAACAAGGAAGGUAAAAAUAUUUAUCGAGAGGAAAAUGCUUUAAGUGAAUAUGAAAAUGACGGUCUUGGUAAUCUUGUUCGUAUUAGAAGUCAUUUAGAUAUAUUUCAACAGUGCCCAGACGAUGUUCACGUAACUGAAGAUUUUAAGUACUUAAAACAAACUGUCGGAACUGCUUUACGUGAAUGUAUUGCUGAUGUUAUUAUUCACAAUCCUGCAGAUCCUAUUAAAUAUUUGUCUCUCCGAUUGAUGAAAUUUAGAGAAAAUAUGGAACUAAGAGAAAAGAGGUCAAGGGAGAAAGAACAAUUAAAUAUUGAAAGAGAAAUUAAAUCUGCUGAAGAGCGUGCAGCUGUUGAGAGGGCUGCAUUGGAAGCUGCUUUAUUGGCUCAAGGUGGUAGUGAAACUAGUUAUGACUCUAAUUUAUUGAAGUACACUUCAUUGCAUCAAGACGAUGCAAUGUCACUAGGAGCGAGUUCAAAAUAGUGAUUGAACCCUUGCUAAAAUAAUAUUCUCGUUAUUGCUCAUUCAUACAGUUUUCAGAAAAAUUUGCUUAAGGAUAGCAUUUUUGUUCUACAAAUUAUCUAGUACUGUAGUUCACAUCUUUAAAUAGUUACCUAUGUAGUAUU